AUGUCUAACGAUCAAAGCCGCACCGAUGCCAUCCCCAUCGAGACUCAAACGCCGCCGGUCGCUCUCAACGGAGAAGCCGCACCGGCGCUCUCUUCGUCGCCUGUAGAUCGGAGGGCCAGCACUGAUGAAUGGGACGCUUCGAAGGUGCCGCCGAGUCGCUUUCAAAAGCGUAAAGGCUCCAUCUAUGCCACCCCAGGCUCUCGCGACGGCCACGUCGACAGGAACUACGCUACAGGCUUCCAUGAGAAGCACACCGAGAAGGGCUACGGCAAGACUCCUACUAAAUAA